CAAUGCCAGGACAGUAUAUGGGCCCCAAUGCCAGGACAGUAUAUGGGCCCCUAUGUCAGGACAGUAUAUGGGCCCCGAUGCCAGGACAGUAUAUGUGUCUAUGUAUAUGUGUGUGUCUUCAGCCUGUAGGUGGCAGUGCACCCUCACUACGCACCCUGUGCACCCUCACACCAGUGUAAUGUGACCGGCGGAUUCCGGCCCCACAGUCCCUGUUAUUGGAUUCUGUAAAGAAGACGGAGAAGAAAGUGACAGGUUAAUAUUAAACGUCUAAGAGUCAACUGGUUCCCCGCCCGUCCGCUGCGCAGGAGGAAUGUGAGCGCUGCACCCUGGGAGACGCCAAAACUUCCUGCAGCACGGAAGAACGUCCGAAAGUUAUAUAAAGAGGAGGAAGAAACAUCAGAGGGAGGAGAGGAGCUGCUAAUAUACAGUGCAGGAGUGAGGUAUGAGCCACAUGAAGAUAAAGAGGAGACGACUGUAGGACAGUUUCUCUACUGACGCUCAGAUUUGUCACAUUAUCACCAGUCAGCAGAUUACUAGAUGACUCCGCUCCUGCUUCUCUCUCCCCAAAGUUCAGAGAUUUGUGACACAUGCUGAACCCCGCCAUCAGACGCCCCCAGACAUGUCCAGGCCCAAAUCACUACCCAGGAGGCCGGCCCGCCGCGAGCCAACCGGGAAGGACGUCAAGAGGCCGAUAGAUGGAUCCACCAUUAGGAAUCUGAUCCUGACAGAGACAGAAAAUCUCCUGAAAUCAGAGGAAGAUUUCUUAUCCUCAUUGUCACAGAUAAACACCAUCGUCCUGAACAAGUUAUUACAGGUCACAGAUGUCUCGGAUUCUGAUUAUUUGUCGUUGCUGAAGACUCUUAAUGACAGUUUCCAUGGUGUCUGGGAUCUCACCGCCGGAUGUUUCCAGACACUAAAGCAAACGCAGGAGAAUAUGGCGGUGGACAUCCAGGACCUCUACCCCAUGACGGAAGAGAGUCGGCUACUCAAGGUCUACACAGAAUACGUUUCGGCAUUUACAGAUUUUCUGGUGAUGAGAGGAUUGGAGAAGGCGGCUAAACAGUCCAGCAACUACUGGAAGGGGAAUAAGAGGCUCCUCCUGCAGCUGAUUGGAGAUCAGGAGACCCCCACCCAUGUGACCCUGCAGAGGGUCCUCAUCGAGCCCUUCAGGAACCAUGUGCAGCAAUACUCACUACUACUGUCCCGGCUGAACGGAAUGCUCUUAAAGGAAGCGUCUCUCGCAGAUUCUAUCGCCACAUAUGUGAGAUUAGAGACAUUUAUCAGCCAAGCCCUGGAUGAAGCCGCCCAGACCAAAAUCCUCUGGAGCUCUGUGUCCAGCAAACUGGUGGCCGCACUUUGUACCCCGGAGCGACGUCUACAGGAAGACAGUAGGAAUAUUCCAGUGACCGUGACUCCGGGCAGAUGUGACAGAGUCCUGCUCUUCAGUGAUGUGCUGGUCUUCCUGCAGGGGAAUGAACCUCAUAUCUGUGACCUGCGCUCGGUCUGGGUGGACACGACAGUGAGACAAAGAUCUGAUGUGAACAGUCAUGUGUUGCGGAUUGUGACGCCGGAGGAAGAGCUUUUCCUGUCCACGCGGGAACAAUCACAUCAGGUUCUGUGGUCCUGGAGACUGAACCAGCUGAUCCGGCAGAGUCUGGGGGGGAGUCGGGAUUUUCCUUUAUGGGGGAAAACGGGAGAAUCCAGCGACCCCCCGACCUCUCGCCUCUGCACAUACACGUACAGGAGUGACGGCAGGUUCAGGAACGCCGUGUACGAGGGGGAAAUGUCCUGGGGAAAACCGCAUGGCAAGGGGACCCUUAAGUGGCCAGAUGGACGCAAUCACGUCGGGGAUUUCAAAUACGGACAAGAAGACGGCUUUGGAAUCUGUCUGAUCCCGGACGCCUCCCGCGACAGAUACGACUGUUAUAAAUGUCACUGGAGGAGCGGCGCCAUUCACGGAUAUGGAAUCUGUGAGUACGCGGAUGAAUCGGUCUAUAAAGGUUACUUUAAGGAUAACGUGCGGCACGGAUUUGGCGUCUUAGAGCACCAGGCGUCCACCGCAACCUCAUGGAAAUACACCGGAAACUGGGAGCGCGACAAGAGGGCGGGGUACGGAGUCUGGGAGACCUCCGACAACAGUGAGAGAUACAUCGGGCUGUGGCAGGAGGAUCAGAGACAGGGUCUUGGGAUCGUCCUUCUGAACACCGGCUCCUGCUAUCAGGGGGUCUUCAGCGCUAAUAAACUGGUGGGUCCCGGGGUCCUGAUAACAGAGGACAACAGCAUUUAUGAGGGAGAAUUCACCCAGGAAUGUCUCUUAUCUGGGAAGGGAAAACUCACUUUGGCCAAUGGAUUCACUUUGGUGGGAACAUUCAAUAAACGGGCGGACAGUGGUCUCCAAACCCAAGGAGUCCUCAGCACGAACAACAACUUCCAGGACGAGAUCCUGAAGAAGAAAUUUCAGUUUGGCGCGGGAUCGUUUCCGGUGGAGGAGCGCUGGCAGGGAAUAUUUCAACAGUUCCAGAAAUUCCUUGAAUCCGGAUGCAAAAAAGAAACAGAGGAAUCGUUCCUGGGAUUUCAUGUCAAGUCCAGUAAGAAGAUGCAGAAGUCUCAGGAAUAUCUGUACUGUGCGAG